CUUCCCCCAACGAUCCACCGGUGUCGCCUUCCGUGCCGAUGCCAUGGGACAUGGCGUUCACGGCCUGGGCGCCGUCGCCGUCCUCGCCGUCAGCGUCGCCUCGGCGGAGAACGUGCGGGUGCCGCACCCGGAGGACUUUGUCAACGUGCUGGCGGGCACCGUGGGAGGACAGCGUGAUGGCAUGCACCACAGCUCAGGCAACGUGCUGCCUUUGGUGGCCAGACCCUGGGGCUUCAACCAUUGGGCACCGCAGAGCGCGGAUCCCAAUACCAGGACCAGCUGGUGGUUCGACGCCAACAGCGAUACCUUCUACGGCCUGCGAUGUACGCAUCAGCCGAGCCCAUGGAUCGGAGACUAUGCGUGGUUCCUGCUGGUGCUUGAGACUGGCUUCAAGGCAAACAAACGCAUGGCCUUCACGUCCUACCGCGCGGAAGGCGCUUUGAGACCGUUUUUGCUAGAUCUGCACUUAGGGCCCUUUGGGCACCAGAUGAAGAUGACUCCGACCAACCAUGGAGCCAUGGUGUCGGUGCUCUUCCCCAGUUCCGGGGAGCGGAGGAUCUGCGCACAGGUCCCAAGUGGAGCACCUGCUGAUAAGGACGAGAAAAGUGCUGCCAGCUUGAAAACCACUAGCGGAUCUUGUCGUCAGUCCGCAGGAGGAAUUGAUUUGAUCAGCAAGCGCUUUGUUGACGGCGCCCCCUCCAGCGGCCUGGACUUCUUCGUGCGCCUGGAAGUGCGAGGCCAAGCCAGGAUCGAGGAAAUCGCGUUGUCCGAUUGCUUCGAACAUGACUUUGGUUAUGAGCCCAUGAACAUGCCAGGAAAAGAACGGAUUGCUCUGAACAGCAUGGAAGAGUGUCAUAGACGUUGCAAGCAGACCGCCAACUGCGCGCACUUCACCUGGUGGAGCGAUGGUGGAUGCCAUCUCCAGGAUGAGAGGGCCAAAAAGAAGAAGCAGCCUGGGCUGACGAGUGGACCUCCAAACUGUAAGGAGACCGUGCCGCGGCAUUGCUGCUUCGUGGCAGAACAGCAGGAGCUUGAGAUCCACAUUGGCACCAGCUUCAUCUCAGCCGCUCAAGCCUUAAGGGCCGUGGAUGCGGAGGUGAAGGGCAAGACCUUCGACGACCUGGUUAGUGAAGGUCGAGACGCCUGGCGAAAGUUGCUGCGGAAAGUGGAGGUUUUAGACGCAGGGCCGGCUACUGCUGCAACCUUCAGGCGCCUGGAAGUCUUCUACACCUCACUCUACCGGGCCCUGCUUUUCCCGCGGCGUUUGGAUGAAGAGACGCCUACAGGCAUACGACACUGGAGCCCGUACAGCGGGCAAGUGAUGGCGGGCAUCGGAGUUAGUGACAAUGGCUUUUGGGACACCUUCCGAACUGUCUAUCCUUUGUUGUCCAUCGCGUAUCCGAAGCAACUCUCCAACUUUGUGGCGGGAUGGCUGAACUCCUUUGAGGCUGGCGGCUGGCUGCCAAAAUGGGCCAGCCCAGGUUAUCGAGACUCCAUGGUGCCCUGGCGGUGCUGA